AUGCCCAUAAUCAACCCAGCUUUUCUGAUUCACGCUCUCCUCGAGCUUCCGGCAUCACUCAACUUUUUCUUCAGGCCAAACGAGCAGCUCUCAACACCUGUUCCACAAGCGCACGCUCUGAUACGUCAAUAUGCCGUCCUACUCAUGAGCUCCAAUAUCGUUGCUCUAAUAUUUGCUUUUCGGCCUGUGGAUGAAACGAGUCGGAGAGUGGCUGGUGCUCUGGCCACCUAUCAUGCUGCGCCAUUGGUGAGAGCUGUUGGAAGGAUUACCUCUCACGAUGAGGGGUAUGGGAAGGCACUCGGUGGGCGCUGGGUUCAUGCUGUAGUGCAUGCUGGGGCUUUGGGAACUUUGGGAUGGUUAUUCUUUGGGUGGUGA